AUGAUCGACAUUAAUUCAAAUUUGGCUGCAGCGACUGAAGAUGUAAAGGACUCACUAUCGAAUUUGGCUGAUGAUUUGGGAUGCAUUCUAAUUGACCAUUUACGACAAGUAGAUGCGGACUUCAACUUUAUUUCACCUGUCACUGCAACAUACGAUCUAGACACCCGAUUCAUGCUGAUGCUUGACAAGAGUAUGAUGCCUGAGUCUAACACAAACGAUACCAUACCUGUUAAGAAUGACUGGGUGAAAUUUGCCGCAACGGCCUCCGCAUACGUCUACAAAAAUGUUGGUGAAUCGGUUUCCAAACCCCUUCGAAAAUGGCUGGCGAAUGCUGCCAGUGCUGCGAUUCUCGCUGGACUACUUGCAGAAGUGCCUGAGUCAUGCGAUUCAGAUGAACGAACUACUUCUGAAGGAGAGACAUCUGUCGAAAAUAUCUUCACACCUGACAGAGUAGUGGAGAAUCGUCAAGAUGGUGCCUGGUACUAUGGCCGUUGGACCGUUGACAAUUUUGCCAGCAGUUAUGAAAUGAUGGAUGUGAUCGAUGCUGAGAUGUCAGAUGCAUGUAUUCGAGUGAUGAUUGCUGCUGUUGUUAAUUAUUUCCAGGAGAACAGAUUUGCUCCGUGUGGUUUGUUGAGAGACAGUUAUGCAAGUGCUAUACUGAGAAGUGAUCUAAUGGAUAGGUAUGGGUUGACAGACGAACAUGAUAAAAUCGAAGCGAUGCGUAUUACUGGUAGUUGGGUCUCGAAGCUGUAUGUGUUUCACAUGGCGACGAAGCAUCGUGAUUUGGAACAUCCAAUCAGACCUAUAAAUAAUGUUGGUUUGGUGCGUCCUCUGAAACUAGAUAUCAGUCAGUGUUUCGAGGACUUGACAGCUAGAUUUAUCCGUACACGAAUCGCACAUCAGAUUGCCAGUCGAAUGGUGCGAUCUGUGUGUAUAGUGUUUUUCGAAGAUUUGAAUGAAUUGAUUGAGUUGCGGAAGCUGUACCGUCAAAUAUCCAGUGAUCCAUUUUAUUAUCACACUAACUGUGAAUAUUUGACGAAAUCAUCUCGACCGUCAAUCAGUGACAAGAUGAGUAGUAUAUUUGGUCGAUUGGUCACCUAUUUGAGUGUUUUUGAGCCAAAUAGUCAAUUGUUUGAUUAUCCGCAGUUGAAGAUGAAUGGUAGAACUCGAGAACAACACUAUGUUGAUUACAGUAAGAAUUGGAAGAAGAUACUGGAGACGAUUUAUACAGAGUUGUAUAUGCCAAGUGGAAGUCAUUUAUUGGAUGUACUUAGAAGUAGAUGCAAGAUUGCAGAAAAUAUCCCACAAAAUGAAGAACUUUUGA